CAUUUUAGUUAUUUUGUCUCUGUUGCGGCACAGCCAUUACGGUCUGUUGCAGCCAAAUAGUUAUUUUGCACCACAAUCACCUGGAUUCUGCCCCCAAAACCACACACUGAGUCCCCGACCUUCCUCAUUGCACCCUUCGAAUCCCUCGUUCUCUUCAAAUCAUUAGAUGAAGCAGAAACAGUAGAGAUAUAUACAGAAAGAGGGCAAUAAAUGGAUGAAGAUAGAAUAGGUUUGGUGUUGGCAAGGGCUUCGGAGUUGAGGUCCAAGAUUACCAACUGUAUUCGACAGGCAACUUCUGAAGUGGAAAAUCAAGUUAAGGAAACUGAUAACAAAGAAUCUGAAGCAAGCCCAGUUGCAGAAGAUCAAGAAUUAGAUGAUGAUGAAGAAGGAAUAGAGAGUCUGCUCAAUAUUAGAGAUGCCCUUGAAUCGCUUGAAGCCCAGUUAUCUUCUUUACAGGCAUUACAACAGCAGCAGUGGUAUGAGAAAGAAACGGCCCUGGCCGAGAUAGAGUACAGCCAGGAAAAGCUGCUCAAGAAGCUGAAGGAAUACAAAGGCAAGGACUUGGAAGUUAUACACGAGGCUAUUGCUUUUGCUGGCGAAACAGAGGACGAUAAUGAUCUCCUCCUUCCUCCAUAUCCAACUCGACCAUCUUGUUUGCUAGUUUCAGAUAAUGACCAUAUUUCAAUAUUUUCUUCCACUCGAAAGUAUGCUCAAAAUGAGGUAAUAAGUGGCAGAGUAAAAAAUCUCCCUGAAACAACAAAAAAUCUCGAAACGGAUAGAAACCAGACACGUACUUGGUUGAAAGGCCAUGGUAUGAAGUCAUUUCUUGGUGCAGCAGCCAGGACAGCCCUUACUAUUGUUGGGGUAAUCUCGGUAUUGAGUUUGGCUGGUUUUGAGCCAAGGCUAAAGAAACGGGACAAUCAAUUUAAGAUUUUAGGCAGAGUUUGGCUGCAAGGGACUGGUGAUAAUGGAACAUCUGAUAAUUGUCCCCCUGGAAAUAUCCCAGUGAUCGAAAAUGGUGAAAUGCGGUGUAUUGUGAAAGAGAGAGUUGAAAUUCCAUUCGCUUCAGUUGUUUCUACACCUGAUGUGAACUAUGGAUGUGGAUGAAAUCAUUUUUCCCACUUAUCCCAAGGGGGAAAAAUGGGAAAAAUGUCUGGCGUCGUUGUUUUCGUUCUUUUGUACAUCCCCGAUCUGUUUUAACACUGUGUAACUGGAAUAACUUGCUUAGAGUCUGCAGUCUUGAUAAUUUACUGAUUUCUUUCCUUCUCAUUUUUCAAAUUGUUUGUCCCGAAAAAUGGGCUCUUUGUUAAGAUCUUCAGGUUGUAGAAAUUAUCAACAGAAAAAUUUUAAGGUUCA